CCCCCGUACGUCGGCCGAUCUCCCACUUUUUUCUUUGUACGGUUCCCCAGCUCUACAGCCCUGCGUUAUAUCAACUCUUCAAGAGCCGCCCCGUUGGUGCCGCCACCUCCUGGUCUCGCCUCCAACAAUCACAUCCGACAGCUCUCUCGCUCUCCGGGAUGAACUUAUGCUUAUAUGGACAUCAGUGAUCUCCUCGUCCGCCACGAGAAGCUUGUCCAUCUCAACGAAGGCAGCGGCAACAAAGAUGGCAGCAGGCCGCGAAAACCGUCCUCGGCUGGGGCCGCUCCCGGCCCGGCCGACAACCAGGUGGACACCGAGAUGCUCGGCAUGCAACAGCAACAGCAGCAGCAGCAACAGCAACAGCAACUACACCAAAAGCCACAGCUGCCGCCGCAGCCACAGUACCGGCCCGAGGCGAUGCAACCGUCGAUCACGGCGUCGCUUGCUCCGGAUUCCCGUCUUACUGCGCGGGCACCGGUUUGUAACCUCGACCUGCUCUCAGAUGCCGCGACGCAUCUUGCCUCGGGCGGCGAGGUCAACGGCAUGCAGCCGACCAUGAUGCACGGGCUCGCCCCUCCACCAGCAGAUAUGGCACCUGUCAAGCCAUACCACGACGCGCUGCCGUAUGGCGAUCGGAUGCGGGCCCAUGACCCCGGAGUUAUCCCCUCCGGCUAUGCCGCCCAAGCGCCGCCCCCAGCGUUUGACGACUAUAACCUCUUCCUCGACGACUACGGAACGUCGUCGCAUUUUCUGCCUUCGUCGCUCGAGGCCGAGCAAGGGUUUGGCAUGUGGCCUCGCCCUCUCGGCGUGGGGUUGUCUAAGCCGCCAUCUGCUUUCCCAUCGAGGUUCUCGUCUCUGGCGCCGGACCUGCGGGAUCCGUCGGGGGAGAACUCAAGGAUGCAUGAUGAAGGCGCACGGGCACCAAUCUGGAGGAUAUCCGCGAUGGAUCACAGUGUCAUCAGGAGCCGGCUCGAUGAGUUCUCGUCGACUCUUCCCCAUGACUUUGUGUUUCCCUCGCGGCACACCCUGAAUAGGUUUCUGGAGGGCUAUGUUAGCGGCUUCCACGAGAAUCUCCCGUUCCUGCAUCUGCCCACCUUGUCGCUUACCGAACUGUCGCCCGAGCUGUUGCUAGCGAUGCUCGCUGUCGGUGCACAGUAUCGGUUUGAAACUAACCGGGGCCAUGCAUUAUGGUACGCGGCCAAAGCCGUAGCGCUCGAGCAGAUACGACGCAGGCACAGUCACGAAGUGCAUGGGCUGCUCCCCACACCAGCAGCCUACAGCCCGCAUUCAACCCGACCGUCUCCGAGUUCCGGCUUUCGCCACUCUUUCCCCUCCAUCCAUCACGAGCGCCCGGUGACCCAGGACACGCACCGGGAACCAUAUUCUCCCAAUACUCCGCAAUCACGGCUCGAGACUAUCCAAGCCCUGCUCCUUCUGUUUGCCGUUGGCCUCUGGGGCGCCAAAGCGAUUCUCCACGAGGCCCUGUCCCUCGGGAGUUUGCUCGCUCUGCUACUGCGGGAGGAGGGCCUGGUAGCGGAAGCGAAUCAACAGACAACUGACUGGGAAACCUGGGUUAGGCUAGAGUCGAGCACACGGACGAAGCUGGUUGCGUACUGCUUCUUCAACCUCUGCAGCAUUGCGUAUAAUACCGCCCCGCUGCUUUUGACGUCGGAGAUCCACCUCUAUCUCCCCAACCCGUCUCGACUCUGGAAGGCCGAAAAUGCCUGGCAGUGGCAGCAAGCGAGGCAGUCUUGUCCGAACAUCGAGAUCACCCUGCAAGAGGCCUUCGCGAGGCUGCUAAACCGGACCUCACAACCCCAGCCCACCACGCUUACAUCCCUCGGAAACUACAUUCUCAUCCACGCCUUGAUUCAGCACAUCUUCUUACUGAAGCAGACAUCCUUCUCCGGCGUGUCGCCCUUUGGGAUACAAAGGAGCUUGAAGAUGGAAGAUGUGGAAGACAUCAACCAAGCGCUUCGUGCAUGGACCAUGAAUUACGAGCAGCACCGCCAACUCCGGGCAAACGAGUUGGCGGCCCAGGGCGCUGGAGAGAGCUACUCAGAAGGGCCGGUGGCGUUCAACUCGACUGCGCUGAUGAAGCUUGCCUACAUCAGACUGCAUACGGAUCUGAGCGCCAGCCGGAGCCUCGAGACUCGCGACCACGUAAUGAUUGCGCGGGCAUUCAGCGACGCACCGCUGCUUGUACGGAGUCAGCGUCUCUGCCGUGCUGUUGUCCAGGCUAUUCACGCCUUGUCUAUGCUUGUCAAGCAGGGUGUGAAUUAUGUGGCGAAGACCAAAUCAUUGGAGUGGAGCAUGCAGCAUUCUUUGUGUAAUCUGGAGUGUGCCGUUCUCCUAUCCAAGUGGCUGCUCACCCUGGCGGCCAUCAGUCCGGCCGAGCCGCCGCCAUCGGCAGAGGAAAGGAACCUCCUGGAGAUGGUCCGCCGCAUGCUGGACGAGACCGAGUUUGCCGUUCCCAUCGACCCGUCGCUGGCGGGCUCGGCUGGCGGCCAUGGCCACGGACACCGCCAGUCGCAGUCGACGGACCUUUCUGCCACUGACAGCACCAAGCUCAGGCAACUCGCGUGCGCCGUUAUCAGGCUGUGGGCGGAGACAUUCAAGGGUGCGCACAUCUUCGAGAUCGUGCGCAUUCUCGCCGCCGGUUUGGACGGCUACGCGGAUAUGAUGGAGAAGCCAAGGGAUCGAACGCCGCUGGGCAGGAUCGGUCCAAAUCAGGGGCUUGGUUGAGCUAGAUUUGUCAGGGGGAGAAGGAAGACUGAAUCCUGCAAUGGCAUUAAAGUCGCUCCGAA